GAACCUUUAUACAACCACCCAUCUGUUCAAGCGCCAUUUGGCGCAGUACUUCUGCCCGAUGACCGCAUCCCAGCAGCUUACAGUUGCUGAAAUCGGUGUGUUCCACGGUCAUUCAACUGCGGUGCUCGCAGCUGUUUUCCACCAAGUGAUUGCGGUGGACGUUGAAGAAUCGUACCUGCGACUAGCUUCUCUUCAAACAAACGGAUCGAGAAAUGUCGUGUUCUUGACGGGUGACUCCGGUGCGGACCGUUGGCACGCCUUCCGUUCCAACCGGAUUGAUGCAGUCGUCAUUGACGCGGACCAUCGCUAUGAGUCGGUUCUCGCGGACAUAUCCAAUGCGUUGAGCGUGAAAACCGUGAAGCACUUUGCCUUCCACGACUAUCAAGCCGCCGGCGUGAGGCAGGCCAUUGCGGAGUUCGAAGAGAGGGGAGCGCUGGUGAACUGCCAGGCAAUCGGUUCGGGAUGGGACGGCUCUGCUUGGUACGACGGUUGGAACGCCGAAACCGAGACAAAGGUGUCCGAGGGCCGGCUCUGCCGGCGCGGGAAGCUGGGUAACCUGGCACCCUCUUUUGUCAACAAGACCUUCUACGUCUAUCA